GAACAUCUCAGAUCAGAGACGACACACCGAGGAUGCAAACGCUCCGAGAUCAGGACGCGCUCAUCCCUCGGCCUCGGGGGGAAUUGCCUAAACUCUGUGCUGCAGGGCUGGUUGCCUUAGCAACCAUGGGGGUUGUGGUUUUGUCUCCGGACAGCUUUCUGGGCAUGGUGGCCUUAGCAGCUCUCAUGGUGACACUAGGGCCUCUGCUGCACGGACUCUGUCUGCUGGCUGAGGAGCUGCGGCACCACUCGAACACAAGGUACCGGGCAUGUCGUCACAUGCUGCCAGCCUGCGGUCUGUGGGGUAAAACCCUGCUGGCUGCAGGGCUGGCAGGUCUCUUCCUGUACCUGACCAAACAGCUUCUACCGCCCAGAGACCAGUGCUGGGAGCUCCUUGUUCUGGUUCCUGCCGUCUACGCCUUCCUCAAAAGCCUGGGAGUCAUGGGUCCGUCGGAGGUGGAGGUGUCAGGCAUCUGCGAGGGGAGGAAGAUGAAUGUGGCUCACGGCUUGGCCUGGUCCUUCUACCUGGGCUACCUGCAGCUGGUUCUGCCACGCCUGGAGAACUCCAUCGCUGCGUUUUGUGCUGCACAUCACCGCAGCACCCCCCUCUGGAGCCGUGGCUCCAGGAAGCUCCUCAUCCUCGUCCCUCUGAGCGCCAACAUCUCACACAAGCUGGAAGACGAAGAUGACAACAUCAGUUUUUUGGAAAACCUCCCAAACAACGAGAUAGACCGGGCCGGAGUCCGGGGCCGGGUCUAUAAACACAGCGUCUACAGAGUGAAGGACGGGCAGGGGGCGGUAGGUCAGGCCCAUGACUGUGCAGUGGAGUAUGCCACCCCCCUGUUGACUCUUUACCGGAUGUCCCAGGAGAGGAGCGCCGGCUUUGGGGAGCCGGAGCGCAGACAGCAGGUUCUGCUCUUCUACAGAACCCUGCAGGACGUUCUGGAGCAGUCGCUGGAGUGUCGCAACCGCUACAAACUCAUUCUGCUCAGCGAUGAGCAUGAAGAUGAUCCUCAUUUCCUGUCCAAGGCCAUCCUGAGACACCUGGAUCAGCAGGAGAGAGAGGAGUUCUGUCUCCAUCCACUUCCUGAACAGGACCAAACAUUUGUGGGACUAGGGCUAGCGCCAUCUGCUGGUGGGUACCAACCUCGACCUGAACCGAUGAGCAGAGAGCCCACGCUGAUGAUCAGCCUGGAGAAACCUCAGUCUCUGCAGGUGCCUGUGGAGAACACAGACAUCCACCACAGAGGAACAUAAACGGGACCUGAGAGGAACCCGAACCCUAACCACCACUUUCAGUGAGGAGCCAGCAGGGGGCGCUGAUGUGUUCCAAAGAUAACAUUUGUGUGUGUACUAGUUUAACUAUCCUUCUUAGGACCAAUGGGUCUGUUCUUUAAUCACUGAGUCACAUUUAGGGAUGAGCAAACUUGAGUACAGAUGAUGGAGGCUACUGAGCUCAUUGUGAUCUGCAAAGCAUAUCCAGGUGUGUGCCUUUCCAAAUUAUGUCCAAUCAGAUGAACUGCUCACAGAUAGACUCCGGUGAAGCUGCAGAAACAUCUCAAGGAUGAUCAGUGGAAGCAGCUCCAUUUGGAGCUUCAUGACAUGCGCUGUGAAUACGAAUGUACCUGUUUUUUCUACAUUUGUUAAAAAACGAUGAAUUAAAUUGUUCCCACAUUGUCACUAUG